AUGUCUGCAAUUGGAUCUCUCGUCUUUUGUACAGACUGUGGUAAUCUACUUGAACCUUCUAAAGGAAUAAAAAAUUCGAUUCUGAAGUGUGAAUGUUGUGGCACAGAGAACAAAGAUACUGCCUCGACGACUAUCACUACGACUACCAAAGCCUCUUCCUUUCCCUCAGUCCUACGACAAAAGCGAUCAGCUAUCCAGACCGUCGAGAGAAGUGAUAUGAAGAAUGAGGCGGUCAUCCAAGUUACAUGCCCAGAAUGCGGCAGGAAGGAGGUCAGGUACACCGCGGUACAGUUGAGAAGUGCGGAUGAAGGAAGUACCAUAUUCUACAGCUGUGAUUGUGGCCAUAAGUGGAAUACAAACAACUGA